AUGCUUCUUACGCAAAAAAAGCCCGGGCCUGACUCCAGCGAAAUAAAUGAAGCAAUUAGGCUCUUCUCUGGUUUAGCAAACCUUGAUUUUGAACCUGGUUAUAAUAAUCAUGUAUACUUUCAAUAUCUGUCUAAUAGUAAAGAUGAUAUCGCUCUUCUAGAUGCUCAUUAUUCUGAGGAAAUUUUUGAUAAAUAUAUUAUUUGGGAUAACAAUAUCAUUUCUUAUAAAAUUGAUGAAUCUCCAGCUGUAAUAACAUUUAUUGAAGUAGAGUAUCAGAAACGUCUUUCUGCAAGAUAUUUUAUUGUGAAGUUUUGCAGUCUUAUAGCCAGUACUACACUAGUUAUCAAGGAAACAGAUUUUGAUGCAGUUGCUACUUCCCAGAAUCUUAAUCCUGAAGAAGCUGAAAAUCUUAAAUUUGACCAAGAGCGCUCUAUCCCAGAUACUAUAGCACUUAAAUGUUUCUAUAUGUGA